GUGUGUGAGAGAGAGAGAGAGAAAGAGAGAGAGAGAGCGAGCGAGAGGAAAAAAGAGGGGGUUGGCUUUAGUGUGAUGUGAAUGGAAUAGAAUCAGCGCGAGAAGGAGAAAGAGGGAGGAGGACAGCACAAAUCAACCUGCCUCUUGACUUAACCAACAGAACAGAAGAGCCGGUGGACCCAGAGAAUCGGGAAGUGCGUUUGUUGUUUUAUUUUUGGAGAGAGGAAGAGAACGGCAGACAGGAGGAACUGAAGGAGGAGGAGAAAGAGCCUCACCGUGGAGAUAGAUAGCAGAAAAAUGCUGUCAUGGGGAGAGAAGGGGAGGGAGUCGGCAGAGAGGAACAGGAUGAAACAAGGCAGGGUCGAGCGGAGCUGAAAUGUGGAGGAGGCCACUGGACCUGACCAAGAGGGAAGCAGCAGGCACUGAAGAGUGCAGACGAAUGGAUGCCAUGUUAGAGAGGUGGAUAGAGCCUCUGCUACAAAGAGGACUUGGGCUCCAGUGAAAAUCCUCUCAUCCUUCCUCCAAAGGAAUGAGCACUGCACAACUGGAGCACCACGGAAACCCACAUCUGCACACCUGAACGGACCCCUGCAACCAGCUCAAUAUUCGCCUCAAUUUUCUUCAUUUUCACUCAAAAACUUAUGGGGAUAUAGUUUGGCGUCUGGUAGAGAGGUCCAAAGUUUUAGUAAGUUCAACCAUCUUAAGUGGUGCGAAUGAGAAGUAUAUUGGUUGCUGUCACUCCGAGAGGUUUUACAUCUUAGCGCCCUGCUCUCCCGUCUCACACCAGCACCUUAGAUACCAGGCCCUGCUCUGGAUCGGAGUGGAGAAACGAUUGUUGGGCUGGAGUCAUUUUUCCCUUCAACAUGCAGUCAGAUGACCUCUUCAUCCGCAAGUUUCGCCGUCAGAACAUGCGGCCGCCUAUUGCCACUGUCAGCUUUGACCCCAACAGGGAAGCGGGUCUGGUGGAGUGGCCGCCAAGGAGGGAGGCGGACGGAGCUGAGGAUGACAGCCUCACUCCGAGCCGCGUGGGGCUGCCGCUGAGGUCGGUGGGCCGCGGCCACAUCAUGCAGAGAAGUAACAGCGACGUAACCUUAGGGGACUUGGACUCCUCCGGGAAGGCCGGCGGUAAAGCAGCCCGGGUGGGCGGUGAGAAGGUGGGUGCCGGGGCCCAGGGGGACGGCGGGGUGCUGCUACACAGGGAAUACGGCAGCCUGUCCUCACUUGAGAGACAGACCCAAGCACUGGUGGCAAACGCAGAAAACCAGGGGCCCCUGAGUCCAAACGCCCUGCGCUUCAAAGACCCUUUCCUGCUCCUGGGCCUGCAGGGCAACCCUCCGGAGCCGGAUGGAUUCUUUCGGGGUCUGUCUCUUCCCGCGGGGGACUCACCAAAGCCAGCCAAGCCACCAAAGCCCGAAGGACUAAGUAAGAAGACCAAACCCCCUCAGAUCCCUCAACCAGGUCCAUAUGACAACAUUGGGGGCGGGGCCUGGGUGAGGAACUUUGCCCACUACGACGUUCAGAGCAUCCUGUUUGACCUCACCGAGGCAGCCACAAACAGAGACAGCAUUGGACGGAAGAAAAAUAUCACCUCCGGGGCUUCAGCCGCCUCCCAGCUGCGCCCCCUGUCCCAAGCCACCCCGUCCUCUCCUGCACAGGGCGGGGGAGGCAACGGGGUGAACGCAGAUGACCCCGAGCAGUCGCUGCUCCUGGACGAAGGGGAUGGCAACGAUAACGAUCUGCUGCUCAGCUGCCCCCACUUCCGCAAUGAGACGGGGGGAGAAGAGCAGGUGGGUCUCGAUCAAGCCCAGGAGAGGCGCGGCCUAUCGUCCAGCCUGAGAACCCCCAACGAUGCAGUGUCGGUCCUGGAGGAGCCCAGAGAGAGUCACGUUCAGCAGCAGGGCAAGAGCAACUACUUCAUAGAGCAUGCAGAUCUGGGAGCCCACUACUAUCGCAAAUAUUUCUACAUGAAGGAACACCAGAAUUUCUUCGGGAUGGACGACCGCCUCGGCCCAGUGGCCAUCAGUUUCCGUAGAGACGAGAAAGAAGGAUCCAGCGGAGCUCAGUACAAUUAUAGAAUCAUCUUUCGCACCACAGAGAUGAAGACUCUGCGAGGUUCCAUCUUGGAGGAGUCUGUGCCUUCUGCCGCUCGCCACACGACCCCCAGAGGCUUGUCUCCCAAGAGGCUGCUGGAGUUCAUCAUGCCUGAACUGAACCUGCACUGCCUUCGCUUGGCUUCGAAUUCCCCCAAGGUCAGGGACACCCUGCUGAAGCUGGACGAACAGGGGCUGAACUUCCAGCGAAAGGUUGGGGUGAUGUACUGCCGGGCCGGGCAGAGCUCAGAGGAAGACAUGUACAACAACGAGAGCUCGGGCCCAGCAUUCGAAGAGUUCCUGGAUCUGCUCGGGGAGCGUGUGCGUCUGAAGGGAUGGGAGAAAUACAGAGCUCAGCUGGACAACAAGACUGACUCAACUGGGACACACUCCCUCUACACGCGCUACCAGGACUACGAGAUCAUGUUUCACGUGUCGACCAUGCUGCCCUACACCGCCAACAACACGCAACAGUUGCUGAGGAAGCGACACAUCGGUAACGACAUUGUGACGAUCGUGUUCCAGGAGCCGGGGGCCCUGCCCUUCACCCCAAAGUCCAUCCGCUCCCAUUUCCAACAUGUCUUCAUCAUCAUUCAGGUCCAUGAGCCCUGCACUGAAAACACCUAUUACAGAGUGGCUGUGACACGCUCCAAAGACAUGCCGUUAUUUGGCCCGCUCUUCCCCAGGGGUGCCCGAUUCCCUAGCUCCCUCGCUUUCAGGGACUUUCUCCUGGCGAAGGCCGUGAACGCCGAAAACGCGGCGGAGAAGUCCGAGAAGUUCCGGUCCAUGGCCACGCGCACGCGGCAGGAAUACCUGAAGGACCUGGCUGAAAACUAUGUGACCACCACACCCAUCGAUUCCUCCACCAAGUUCCCCCUUCUCUCUCUGGGGGGUAAACGCAAAGACAAGCUGAAGGGCGCGAAAGGGGCCGAGCUGCACAGUGCCGGGGCGCUGGUGUGGGCUGUGAUGGUCAACGGCGGAGAGGAAGCGGAGGCCGGAGAGCUCAGGCUCCCGUGUCUGCUGGGGGUGUCCGCGGAGUCGGUGGUGCUCAUCGAGAGGUGCACGCGGCGGGUGGUGUUCAACUGCUCCUGUCGAGAUGUCAUCGGUUGGAAGGCGGUGACGGAGACUAAAGAGGGGGGGCCCUGCCUGGACAUCUUCUACGAGCGCGGGGAGUCCGUGUCCAUCAGCGUGACGGAGAGCCAGGCGGAGGAUAUACGGGAGGUGGUGCAGAGGCUCGAGCUGGUGACACGGGGCUGCGAGGCUCUCGAGGUCACCCCCCUGCGCGACGGCGUUGGGCAGCCCGGCUUCCUGAUGAACGAGGAGGGCUUCGUGACGGAGCUGCAGCGGUUCUGCUACGCUGAAAGCGGAGGCCUGCAGCUGUGGGCCCGCGUGGUGCGACUGUGCGGACACUCGCUGGUUCACCUGAGCCCCGAGGAGAGGACCAGGCUGCUGCGCACCGCGCACAAGAUCCACAUCACCGUCAUCCCACCCGACGAGAACGGCAAGCCACGCAGAAGCUUCUCCGAGCUCUACCAGAAAGCCAUCAAGGAUGUGGAGUGUACCCCCGGCGAGGAUCAGUCUGGAGAGGCGUGGGUACUGGACGAGAGGGAGGAAGAGGAGGAGGAGCAGCAGGAGGAGGAGCAGGAGGAGAAGGAGGAGAAGGAGACUCAAGGGGGGGAGAUUGAGGAGGAAGAGGAAGCAGAAACAAAGGAGGAAAAGCUGAAGGCGGGUGGUGUCGACGAAGCGGACGCGACGGGGGAGCAGGUGGCGGUCGGAGACGGCGAAGGAUGGUCGUGCGAUGAGGGACAAAGUGAGAGAGGCCCCGGCUCGCUCCUCACUGCGCCCGGCUUGCCGUUGUUACGGGCCACUUCUCUGCAGGAGCAAGCAGCCGCUCAGAGCCCGGAGGGCAGCGACUCGCAGCUCACCCGCAGCUGCUCUUUGGAGAGGCAGCCGACCUACAGGGAUGCGUGUGAUGGGCACGUGAACGACCACGUGGGCCUGAAGGGAGAAUGCCAUAUCUACGCCAAUGUCUGCGAGCUGAGGGACGCCACACCUGAUCUGAUCCUGGCCGUCAAACCCAAAGUUCCCCGGGAGGACCAACAGUUCACGGCCGCCGAGUUUGGGGAUGACGAAGCUUCAGUGAGUGACUCGUCUUCCCGGUUGUCGUGUUUAGACCGAGCAGAGAGAAAUUCACGAGCCCUAAGUCUUCACAACUCCAUCACCAAGAUCCUCUCAGAGACGACAGAUUCCACGGAGGAGGAGUGGCAGUCCAUCGCUGACCUGGCCACGGCCUGCCGCAGCAUCCUGGAGGCUUUGUCACGAGAGGACCAUCGAGCCGGAGACCCCUCACAAGCAGGAGCCGACCUGACAGACGGCAGGCUGAAGGACUCAAAGGACAGUGACUCUCCAGGCCACCUGGAGGAGAAGGUGUCCCAGCUGGAGUCCAUGCUGAAGAGGCUGCAGGAUGACCUGCAAAAGGAGAAGGAGGACAAGGCGGUGCUGCAGGCCGAGGUGCAGAGCCUCAGGCAGAACAACCAGCGGCUGCAGGAGGAGUCGCAGAGCACAGUGGCUCGCCUCAUCAAAGUCACCGAGCUGCUGUGCAACGUCAACAAGCCCUGUUAGCUCCUGCACGCGCGAACACACCAAUCCGCCCCGAAAGAUGCAAAAUCGUACGACGUGCUUGCACACUCAGUAGACCGAUUUUUUGUGCGAAAAAUGCAUUUGCAAGAGCAGAUGCGCGCGCAUAUUGUUCAAUCUGCGUGUAAACCACAGUCUCAAUCCUGAAUCCUGGACCCUUCCUUUUUGGUGAGGGAGUAUGCAAAUCAACCCGUGAAAAAGAAAGAAAUGACAUUCCCAACAUCCCAUGACCUUCAUAGACUGACUAUGCCAGAGUGCUUCUCUCUGUGUAUAUGAUACAGUACGUGUGUGGAUGUGUGACGCAUGUGUGCGGGCCUGUGCGUGUGACUGUACGUGCGCAUCUCUUACUGUACCUUUGCUUCAAAUACUUGACAAGCUGGGCUGAAUAGCACUUGCAUAGACAGUGGCAAUUAAGACUGAGAGACACUGUAUAGCAUGUUUGGUGGUGUCCAAAUGACCAAAAGUGUGUGUGUAUAUAUAUAUAUAUAUAUAUAUAUACUGUCUCACCAAUAAUAUAUGUGAACAGUAGAAUGGCUAUCCUCCCCGCCGGACGUCUAGUUGCAGUGUGGUUCUGCCUGCCGCUUGAAACAAAACACAACCAGAGAGAAAAAGGGAACAUGACAACGACGGGCCUGUAGGCAGCCUUCUACUUGAUGUAAUGAUGCCAACUGGCUGGCCCCAGAGACGGGCCUGUUGCUAAGGAAAUAAUUCUCUGCCCUCGUCACUUCCCAGUAGUACGGUAUUUAAGACACUGGAAUCAUUAGGGAAUACGGAUUUUUUAAAAUCCAUACAUAAAAGGGAGGUAAACUGGAAAUGUUAUAAAAAAGGGAACUGAGUGAGGAGGUAUUCCUACUGGAAGUAUGUUAAAUACAGUAUAAAAGAGAUACGGAAAAGUCUUUUUUUUCCCAUCCUGAAAACAGAGACAGUGGCAGGAAAAGAACUGCUUCAGCUUCCUUCCACGAGCGCCUGUAGCUGUUUCCCUCUAACCUCACUAUUGUAGCAGCCAUUGUGUAGAAGGUCUCCUCCUACUGGCCUGAACCACAAAAUGCCAAAAGGCAGCUUUUUCUUUCAGCUGGCAAAAUAGCUUUAGGUGUCAGAAUAAAACAUCUUGAACUAAUAGUGAAAAUACAGGAUAUUGUAUUUAAUAUAUUUGUGUUUGGCAGAUGUCUACGGUGACUGUUUUGGGUAAUUGUUUAGUAUGGCUUAUGAGUGCUAGUAGUAAGGAUAGUUGGGAUAAUCUUACCAUUCCAUCUGAUGCGUGUUUGUAUGUGUUUCUGUGUUGUUCCUGCACUUUUUUUGGGGUCAAAUCAGCACUGGACAGGGCACCUAGGGUACCUUAUUUAGCCCAGGUUAUGUCUUGGUCAACAUUAAAAGGUGAUUAAGAUCUCAUCCCUUUGACACCACCUUUACCUCACUUUUGUGUGUCUGCUGUUGACCGCUUCUCCUCAGUGCCAACGGAAAAAAAAAGCGCAGGCAGCUCUCCCGAAUCCCACUGAAAUCAAACGGAACUGACCACAAACUCCAAUCUCCAACCACGAACUCUAUACUCUGACAAAAAGGGAUGCCAAAUGUUCGUCAGUCACUCCGACUCACUUGUUUCUUGUACAAACUUCCUUGUAAUUUUAUUUUAGAGUCACUGUGAAUACCUGGUACCAGCAUAUUAAGAUACGAUAUAUAAAGAUUAACUUAUGGAUCCAAACGUAAUGAGUAUGUGAAGAUACUGUAUGUACAGCUGAACUGUUCCAUGUUACUUAGUGCAUUGGGUUGUGAAUGCCCUCCUUUUUGCAGAAUGAUUAUGCAGAGAAGUGUUGAUCAUGACCACGCAGGCGUUUGUUUCAUCUCCUGUACAUGCUGAAGCCUCAUUUCUGAACAGAGAGACAGUGGUGUGGGAAGACCUGUUUUACUGUGUCUUGUAUAGUUAUUUAGAUUGUAGGAGGCUGGUCAAGCAUGAGAAUGUGCCAAGCAACUUCCAAGCGCCCCCCUCUGUUUAUGUGUAUGUGUAAAAAUGUAACUUAUUAAUCAUGGAAAUGUGGAUUUUCUUGUAGCUGUUUCAACUGGAGGGCAGUCUUGAGGACAAAAUGUGAAAUAGGGCGGAACGGAAAAGUGGGCUUGGUUAUGAAUUUAUGUUUCUUUUGUAGAAAAUCAACAUUGAUGAUAUGACAUGAUAAUAUAUUAUCUGCUAAAUGUGACAAUGGUUGUUAUUAUCAUUUUGAUAUUGAGCUAUUUCAGCUAAAACUCUUGAAGAUAAGGUCUUAAAACACCAUUAGGUACGCCUUAAUGAGUGAAACACAGGAAUGGAUGAUCAAACUGGUCAUACUGGUGUUUUCUGAAGGCUUAUUCCUCUGACUUUGUGCCUACUAGAAAAUGUAAUGUAUGGUGUCCCAGCUUAGUGACCUCAUUUCUUUGUUUUUGGUUGGGCUUACUGAGUUUUUUUUCUUGUGGCAGAUGAUGGAUUUCCUGAGAGAGCGUCGCAACAUCUGGUCUUUCAUCCGCUGUGCGAGGAAAAGUAAUUGAUGAUCGGAAAGAACAGAUGAUGAUGAAAAUAAUAAUAACAAUGAUAGUUGUGUGUUGCUGGUCUGAGGAAUCACAGAGGGUCAGUCAGUCUCAAUGGUUCAACGAAGCAAACACACAAACAUAGGAUUUUUAAAAGCAAAUGAAUAGGAAACGGUUGCUGCAAAUGACCCGUGUUGAAUUGAAAUUAAGUUUAGGUUGAUAUGAAUGUGUGGAAUGGCGUAUGCGUCCUCUAAAGGAUUAUUUUGCUAUUUAAAUAUUUAAAAGAAUAGAUUGUCUCAGAAAAUCCCACGGCGUAUUUGAAAAAACGACAAACCGGGGACAUGUUGAUGCAGAUGUUUUGUUGACACAGUGAGGUUGAGAUAUUUGUGUGUAGCUGCCUUUAAGAUGUGAUGCAAUGAAGGAGGUGUUUCUGGUUUUGGUUUGUGUGAGAUAAACAACUCCAUAAAAAGCAAAGAUCUGCAUUGAGAAUUCAGGUUUUUAAAGGGUAUAGUUUUUAUUUUCCUACUGACAAAGGCAGCACAUCAGUCAGUCAAUUGGUGGAAUUGGCGUUUGGAGCAAAACUAAGAUUUAAAUGUAAAAUUGUAGCUCACUCUACUCCUCUAUUUACUUUUCAAUCGACAAAAAAAACAAAAGGAAAAGUAUUAAUUUGUCGUCAUUGAUUUGUAUGAUUGAAAUGCAAAGGAGGACUAAAAGGUCUUUAGAAAUCAGACUAUUGUGAUUGCAGGGUUUUCACGGGUUAUGAACUCUUGAAGGUUUGGAAAACUAUGUGCUGAGACUCUGGUGACAACAACAGAGAGUUGGAUGCUCAUUUGUCCAGGAGCAGAACCUGGGGAGGACCUUGUGACCUGGAGUGAUGAACACUGGAGGUUGAGGUAAAACAGAGCCGAAAAAAACACUGACAGCAGUCCAGGAAGAAACAGUUUUACGGUCUGACAGCAACAAUGUGAUUUGUCAGAGAGAGGUCAUGGCCCAAUCAGAUGGACUGAAAAGAAGAGAAUAAAAAACAGACUCACGAUGCGUAAUGAGGGAAGCAGAAGGCAGACAUGCGGCUUCUUCUGUAAUUUAAAUAUAAAAAGUACAGCAAGUAUACAAAUACAUUGAGUCUGCGUAACAGGACAACAUGCUGGAGGUACUACAGUAUUUGUUUUUUAAUGUCAAUCUGCUUUUAAACUGAAAUUUAAAACUGCAAACAAGAACCCAGUAUCAUCAUUAAACAGCAAGCAACUAACUGCAACAAUUUGUAUUUGGGGAGAAUUUGUGGCAAAUCUUGUAACUGUAUUUGUUCCCUCAUCACUGGUUCUCUGCAUGCAGGGUUUCAUUGGUACCAGCUGGGUAUUUGCCUUGAUGAUCCAGUUCUAAAUCAAUCCCACAGCUGAAAUAAAACCCAGCAACUGUAAGAAGGAUUAAAAAACACUUCUCUCCUUACGAACUGGUUUAUGUUCAAAAUCCUAUUUUUUUGUUGUUACAUGUUUUAUAAUCCUUUAAUAAAAAUUAGUUGAGUUAAUGUGUUAACACAGCUCAAUAGAAAGUAAUAUCUUCAGACAUCUUAACAAGAGGUCAACUAAUUUCCAAUUGCAUUGAGAUUACUUACGGUUUAGAAAUCUAAUUUAAUCUCAACUUUCUGAUCUCAAUACAACCGUAUUGUCAUCGAGGCUGAAACAUUAUCAGCAAGAUGCUGAGGAUUGUUAAGCGUUUUACGUGUGCUAAAUAUAAAUUGUGCGGAUGUUUAAUCGCUACGGCCACAUAGGACUGAAGAUCAUCACAGCCUUUAACGGACCCAAGACACGGACAGUUUGACUUCCUGCUGCUGAGCGAGCACAGUGACCCUUCAACACGUCACCACAAUAACUGUUAAGACACAGCCCCGCUUUGUUUGUCAAGUAUUCUGUUUCACAUCCUACAGGGAACUGAACAAUACUGACAGAGUACAUUAAAGAGCCUCUUCUGUUUGAUCUGGUUCACAAUUUUAAAGUUAUUAGACCGUAUUAACACAUAUUUCCACCUUACUCCAUUAUAGUUAAGA